AUGUGGCGGAGAGUCCUCCGGUGGUUGUGCUGCUGCGGCAGCACUGAGGGGGAGGAAGAGGACAACUUUCAGUUGGAGGAAGAGGAGAAGAAAGUCCAGCUGGAGGCGGAGGGCGCCCCUCCAGACCCAGUGGCAGUCAUGCAGCAGGAGUGGCAGAAGUUUCUGCAGGAGUUCUACGCAGUCUACAGCGGACUGGCGGAUGAGCUGUCUAUAGAGUCACCAGACGAGACGGCGGCCCCUCCGCUCGCCGCCGCAUCCCCAGCCCGCAGCGUUUCAGAGGCGCCGCACCGGAAGGGGAAGCGACGUCAGCGUCGUCGUGGCCGGCCUGCCGCCGCCCCCCGCAGCUCAUCCUCCAGCAGCGGCGAGGCUCCGCGCACCAGGUGGAGGCCGCGGCGGCGCUACCGGAGGCGGAAGCUACGUGCGGGUCUUCGAGGCCGGUUCGCCGCCCCCGCCGCCGUCGCCGAGUGGCAGAAGUUUCUGCAGGAGUUCUACGCAGUCUACAGCGGACUGGCGGAUGAGCUGUCUAUAGAGUCACCAGACGAGACGGCGGCCCCUCCGCUCGCCGCCGCAUCCCCAGCCCGCAGCGCUUCAGAGGUGCCGCACCGGAAGAGGAAGCGACGUCAGCGUCGUCGUGGCCGGCCCGCCGCCGCCCCCCGCAGCUCAUCCUCCAGCAGCGACGAGGCUCCGCGCACCAGGUGGAGGCCGCGGCGGCGCUACCGCAGGCGGAAGCUACGUGCGGGUCUUCGAGGCCGGUUCGCCGCCCCCGCCGCCGUCGCCAUGUGGCGGAGAGUCCUCCGAUGGUUGUGCUGCUGCGGCAGCACUGAGGGGGAGGAAGAGGACAACUUUCAGUUGGAGGAAGAGGAGAAGAAAGUCCAGCUGGAGGCGGAGGGCGCCCCUCCAGACCCAGUGGCAGUCAUGCAGCAGGUGAGGCUCGUCGCUGAGUGGCAGACGUUUCUGCAGGAGUUCUACGCAGUCUACAGCGGACUGGCGGAUGAGCUGUCUAUAGAGUCACCAGACGAGACGGCGGCCCCUCCGCUCGCCCCCGCACCCGCAGCCCGCAGCGCUUCAGAGGUGCCGCACCGGAAGGGGAAGCGACGUCAGCGUCGUCGUGGCCGGCCCGCCGCCGCCCCCCGCAGCUCAUCCUCCAGCAGCGACGAGGCUCCGCGCACCAGGUGGAGGCCGCGGCGGCGCUACCGCAGGCGGAAGCUACGUGCGGGUCUUCGAGGCCGGUUCGCCGCCCCCGCCGCCGUCGCCGCCGCCCCCAGCAGCUCCUCGUCCGACUCCGGCAGCAGUUGGGAGCUGCGGCGCUAG